AUGUCCGCGCCCUCGCCCGCGCGACGCGUCGUCGACGCUCUCGAUCGGCUGCGCGCGGGAGCGGACGCCGAGGCGAGCGAGCGGGGCGACGACGUCCUCGCCGAGGGGUUCUGCGAGGCGAUGGAGCGCAUGGUUGAAAUCAUAGGCGCCUUGGGUGCCGCAUUGUCGCCGGCGAAAUCGGAUGUUUUAGGGAACGUGAACAAGGUCAGGCGCGCGCUGGAGGCGAAACGUGAUGGGUUGUUCGCGUCGGUGCGACGGGCGCAGGAAGGGAGGGCGCAUGCGACGUCGCCGGCGAAGGGGACGUUGUGGUUGAAACGGUUCGGCGAAUUCGUGUGCGCGCUGUUAAGAGAGGUCGGGGAAACGGACGCGUCCAUGCGCGCGUGCUCGAGCGCGGCGUACAAGCGGACGUUGCGACGCUAUCAUAAACGUCUGACCAGGACUGUGUUCGCGGCCGUGCUGGCGUUUCCGCCGUCGCGGUCUUCCUUCGUGUCGAAUGUCGGCACUCGAGAGGAGAUGUUGGAGUUGGCGGAUAAUUUUGAGCCAAUACUGGGUCGAAUCGACGCGUUCCUCACGAUAGAGAACCUGAAUGACCCCAAACCGGUGUAG